AUGGCGGGACGCAAGCCUCUGGAGGGGAGGCCUCCAUGGGGUAGCUCGCUGGGUAUCCGGCAGAAGACAACCACGACGAAUAGACCAUCGCGCGUCGGACUCGCUUCGCGUCCGUCGACGGCGCCCUCUCCGCGCGGGACGGCACCCGACGCGGAGCCCGCGCCUUCGAGGUCCCCGAAAAAGAAGAGGAGGUCCGUCGCCAAGAAGCCCGCCGCGGAGCCGGGGCCGAGCGCACACGAGGAGAACUGCGAAGCCGCGAAGGAGGUUGCUGAGCUCAUCGGUAGGAGGGCGACGCCCCCUCAAAGCCCGAAGACCGCCAGCAAGUCGCCCCGACGGUCGCCCAGAUCACCUCCGGCUUCGACGCUCAGGCCCACCAUCGCGCACAAGCUGAAGGAGGCGACGUCGCCGGUGGCCUCGACACCCCCGGAGACGGCGCCGAGGUCGAAGCAAUCCCCCAUCCGCGUACCGCACGGACGCAUCGCGGCGGUGGAUGAGCCCUCGCCCGCGCCGAUGGACCCCACGCCGGGCAAGUCGCCGAUUGGGGACCGGUUCGAUGCGCCCGCCACGCACCUAGAGCCGUCGGUGACGCCAUCCACGCUGGCGACGCCCGCGGGGAGCGGCGGCGUGGACAUCGGCCGCGGUGACAGGUUCGGGUCGUCGCCCCCGCGGGACAGGUUCGGGUCCCCGAUCGAGGACAAACCGCAGUCCCCGGCGGCGCCCCGUCUGCCGCCGACGCCGCGGGGAUCCGCCGCGGCUACCGGCGAAGCCCAUCCGCCCCCGAGCUCAGCCACCCCUCCCAUGACCCCGGUCAGCGUAUCCGCCGCGGCGCGCAGACCGAACCCGGAGCCGACGGAGUUGCUGCUCGAGGGAGGUGAGCCGUUCGUGGACGUUCGAGCGCUGACGGCUCCCGGGGGUGCGCUCUACGCGCUCACUCUUGACGCGGCGCGACCCAAAAUUGCUCCUCUCGGAUCCUCGGAUGAGCGGGGGACGACGCCCUCGCCGAAAGGACGCGUCGGUGCGGACGACGAUACCGACGACGAGGGAGACGACGACGAUGCCGUGUACAGGGCGGCCAAGUUCGCGGUCAGGCUGGUGGAGAGCGCCGCGACGGAGCUCGCGGGUGCGUCGCGCGAGCUCACCGCCGCCGCGGAUGAGGACGUGGCGCAGACGGCUGCGGAAGUUUCCAGGGCGGAGGUGGCUGACGUCGAGGACGCGGUGAUGGUGGCGCUUCUCAACGCGCGAUCAGCCGCGGCGAGGGCGGAGCGCAGGAGACUUUUGCAGCAGAUCGCGCAGCGAGCGACGGACUGGGUCUGCGCCGUGCAGCCGUCGCUGGGCGCGUUGCCCGCGCGUCUCAACGCCGCGAUGGCCAAGAGAGCCGCGCCGUCAACCCCCGCCGCGCCGUCUACAACCGGAAUGGAAUACUUCGUUAUCAAACCUCCGUCUACCCCAGCCGUCAUGGACCACAGGGCCGUGCAGGAGUUGCAGCGCGAGCUGGCGUCCGCUCGCGAAGAGGUUGCCACCGCCAAGGAGGAGGCCGCGGCCGCCAAGCUCGAGACGGCGGCGGCGAAGCAGGAGACGGCGGCGGCGAAGCAGGAGACGGCGGCGGCGCGGAGAGAGGUUCAGGUUUGCACACAAAAAAGCGACGCUGGUUCGCCCGCCACGACGGCGGCUCCCGAAUCGACGGUGGAUGCCAAAUCCCUGCUGAUGGAGGAGCGCAUGGACGCGGCGGCUAAGCUGGCGAGCAUCACGGCGACGCACCAGGCUGAGCUGGCGAGGUUGAAGACGAGGAUCGCCCGGGCCGAGAACGAGGCGGCGACGGCCAAGGUUGAGACGGAGCAGGCCAAGGCCAACGCCGAGGAGUGGAAAACCCGGAUGGAAAAGGCUGAACGAUUCGCGGCGGAUUGCCGCGAGCGGACCAGCGUCGCGCUCGGAAAUUCCGCGGCUGAACACGCCAAGUACGAGGCGGCCGAGGCGCUGGUGCGAUCGCUCACGCAGAGGGAGGAGGAGGCGCUGCGACGGGCGAAGGAGGCUGAGAUGCGAUGCGCGCAGGUUGAGGGAUCCAUCGAGGCGAAGAUCGAGUCCGAGUCGACCCGAAUCGUCCUCGACAACAACGUCCGCAACGCGACGCUCGUCUCGGACCUUCGCGCGGAGCUCGCGGAGGCCAGGGCGGCGCAGCGACGGGCGGAGACGCGGGCGGCGGACGCGGAGGAGCACGAGCGCGAGGCUGCCGCCGGGGAGGUGCUCCGGGUCAGAGCCGAGUGCGCGGCGUCGAGGAGAAACGAGGCGGCUACCAGGAGGGAACUCGACGAACACCGCGUCGCCGCGUCGGCCGCCGCCGCGGCGCGUCACGAGGAGAUCGAGGAGCUCCGCAGGGACAUCGUCACCCUGCGCAAUCAGCUCGAGGCGAGGGUGGAGGCGGCGGAGGAGCGCGCGAGGGUGGCGCAGGCUCAGCUGGCGGCGAAUAGGGAGGCGGCGGCGAUGGAAUCCGCGCAGGUCACCGAGCAGUCAAACUCGCUUCGCAGGCAAGCCGCGGAGGCGGAGAGGAAGCUGCGGGAAGAGAUCGCCGUCGUCAGGGCCGAGCUCAGAGGCGCCAGGGCUGGUGAGGCUGCCGCCAUAGCCAGGGAGGAAGAGGUCAUGUCAAAGGCUGUCGAGCUGAUUGAGCAGCGGGACGAGCAGCUCCGCCAGGCCAAGGACCUCCACGCGGCUGAGCUUCGCGCCGCGCUCGCCAGGCAGGACGAUGAGAUGCGGGCGCUGAGACGGGGAGGCUCUCUCGGUGACUUACACCCCGAGUUUGUCAGAAACGUGGAGCGAGCGCUGCAGGACGAGCGGCGACGGAGGGUCGCCGCGGAGGAGGAUCUCGUGAAUUGGAAACGAGCCGCGAGGGAGUCGAGGCGCGAGGUGGAGGAGUCCCGCGAGGUGGCGGAGAUUGGCGACGGGCUCGGGCGACUUCGCAGGCAGCUCAGCAGGCAGAGCAGCAGGCAGAACAGCCUGAAGGUACCCGAUCGGGACAAGCCGAUCGACGCCGCGCUGCUCUCGCCCGUGGACUCGCCGCCCCGCCGCAGGACCCCGCCGCCAAACUUUAGCCAGCGGCAAAGUCCGCGGGGAAGCCCGAGGGUCUCGGGGGGCACACGGGCGAAUGCGCGGGAUUCGCAGGGAUCCGGGAGGAGCGAUCCGGCGACGCGCGCGGAGAGGCUCGCGAGGGACUCUUCCCUCAACGUGUUCGCCUCGAAGGAGGGAUCGCAGGUGCAAAUCGCACCCCCCGCGUCGCCGCCGCCGGUGCCGCCGCAGAGCAGGGAGAGGACGACGCCGGCGGUGCCCUCAACCCUAAACCCCGCCGCUCCCAAGCCGACGUGGACCCCGGGGUACGAGGGUAUGCAGUCGCCCACCCAGCGCGCCGCCCUCUUGGAGGAGGUCUUGAGCAACAUAGAGUCCCUGUAGCGUCGUGUUAUGUAAGGCAUCCAGUCGAAACGGUAACA